AUGCCUCCCACGAAGGGCGCCACCUAUGGAGAAAUCGCCGAUACCCUCCUACCUUCUGCAGUAUUCACUGUCGACGUCUUGAAGACUCUCUCUGCUUCGGUCGACUCGUAUGUUCAGCUCGGCUCUCGGGACCGCCGGCCCUUCCUACAAGAACAAAUGGAACAGGUUUGGCCAGCCGCAAUUGACUGGACGAAUCGACCUCGAACGCAUGAGUUCAAAGCCCAAUGGCUCGCUUUACAGCGAUAUUUUCAGGAGCAGGGCCGCGUUCGAGAGCCUCCUACUCUUCCGUCUAGUAUUGCUGGGCGCAAGUGGACUGGUCUCAGGGUCUGCGGCGUCGUGUAUAGCGACUCAAUCGACGAAAUGGUCUUCAUGGGAACUGGGAUGCGACCUGGCGACCCUCGAGGCUAUAUCGGACAUCGGAUCAAGUGCCGUACAGUGUAUUACUGGAAGCUACCGCCGGAAGAGAGAAAGUUGCUGGACACUAUUGCAAAGGAUUGGCAGAACGGCAGUCUGCCCGUUCAACAAAAGACAGACGCCUACUACAGACGUUUUCAACACUUCAUCAAGACGGUCCAUCUGACGGCGCUCCGUGAAUUUGGUCAACACAUGGUCACCAUGGCGAUACCAGAACCUGGCUUGACCAAUCCACCAAGACUCUACGAAUUCAUGUACGACCUGAAAGUACUAGAUCGUCCUCUCGUCAAAACCGUUCCCGUCGGAGAUAUACUCACCGACAUCUACCUCGAAGUCAAUCACGCUGCCGGUAAGUACCAGACUGUGCUAUCUGCGCCCGACAUCUCAUCAAAGACAGGUCGUAUCGAGGGAGCAGCCUUGCCUACCGUUCUCAACAAGAAGUCUCGGCUGAAGCGCCAGACUACGUGGACUCUGCAUGAAGAUGAUUUUCUGGGUCACAACGGGAUCUCGCUUCGCGAGGAGGAGUUUGAUGAAGAGCUCUUCUUCAAAGAAGCGAUAGCCAUGGUUUAUAUGAUUGUGAGAAUGGCUCACAGCAACAUAUCAAAGUACCGUGAUCUUGACCCACCUUGGUCAUCGUUCCAUGAGCUAGUCGACAGCCGGUAUCUUCUACCAGACACUCCUAUGUGCAUCCCUACAACCCUUCGGCAACCUAACUGCUUCCUUUAUUUGAAGCAUUGGUUCACCGUUACCAAAGGACUCGAGUUCAGGCUAUGGCAGAGGAAAAAUAGUCUACCUACUAAGCCGGUGCCAAUGGAAGAAAGGUGGUGGGCGGCAUCUAUGCCCAAUCGCGUUCAACCAGCGGAACCCAUCCCCCCUACCGCCCAAGCCGCCUUCGACUACAUCCCCUCGCAGCCAGCCCCUCAAGGCGUAGCGCCGCGACUUUCGCCUUAUGGAAGCGCCGGAGGUCAUUUGGUACACGGCGAGCAAGCGCGCGAGGAGGAGACGCUGGAGACGUUGGGCGUAGCCGCCGUACCAGAUCCAGAGGACUUGUCGCCGCUGAAUAUAGGUGUCUUUUCGUCUGCAGUCUGCCGCCCUUCCGAAGACGACCCGCCUUGCAGCGUACCGGCCAAUGGUGAGGCGAGAGCUCAAUGGUGUCUCGCGCAGCUGAGAUCCCAAUGCGCCCCACCCCUGCGCGUGAGUCGUCAGCUAAGAGCGGCGAUCAAGCAAGUGGCAGAAUUCCCGGUCAGAUCACUUUCAUCCUGUCAAGCUCUAGGUUCUCACUAUGUCCAGAUGAUUCCUAACGCAUCGCUAUCAUUGAAGGCGGCCGCGAAAUAUACGCUCCUCCCAAACGGCUUAUCUUGGCAUAUGGAAUCCGUCGCUCCACAUUUCACAGCGGACGAGAUGCAAACUUGGCUAUCGUUUUUGCAGAGUGAACCUUGGACAAUCUCUCACGGCGGUAGUCAGUUGUUUGCCGGUUCGGAGCUCAUAUGGACGUAUAUUCUGGGCUGGGUUGUUUAUCUGCGCGGCUACUCUCUCGCCGGCGGCACGGGCUUCGGAGAUGCAGGGGCGGGACUGUUCACCUUAGGUUACGCGGAAUUCAGCGGUACUUUCGACGCCUUCGCAGAAGCUAUGACAGGAUAUGCCGAGAAAUAUAGCUACCCGGGUUGGGCGCCGUCUACGAAGUAUGCGGUUGUCAGCUCAAGAAGUCACUAUUUGGCGUAUCUCGUUCGAAAUGAAGAUUACGACGUACUUCUUCCGCUAUUGAAACUCGUAGUAGCCCUGCCAGACGGUCCGCUGGAACCACCCUUUUCUGUCGUAUCGCACUCUGCAGCCGCGGACGCGCCGUCUUGGAUCACGACUCAUUACGGUGUCCCCUCCUGGCAAUGGCAACGUUGCGGACUGCCUCCGACUACGCAUAGUCGCGCCGAUCUUCCGGACCUCAUCAACGGCUAUCUCAAGCGACCUGAUCUACUCGUGUCUGAGUCCACCCCGCGCUCCUGCGAGACAGCGCUGGCCGUACUGCUGAAAGUGGCGUUGAUACACGCGGAUCUAGAGCACAUUGACGAUGAAAGGUGGGGCGAGGGAGGCGCGGCCGUCCUGAAGCAUUCUACCCUUCGAGGUCAUACGCGUGCCCUUCGAAUCGCAAUCGCGGAUUGGGCGAACGAGCAAGCUCUGCUUCUCGAGCAGCUACUUCCUACUGAGACCGGGACACAUGCUGAGGACGAUGCACAGAGUGACGAAGGCCAGCGCAGGGUUAUGUCGCCUACAGCGGAGAUGUCUGAGGCAGCCUGUCUACAAGGUGCUCUUCCGCAUGGGGUUAAGGAAGCCGGCGGUAACAGUAUGCCUGAAAAGCUUGAUCCCCGCUACUGGGCGGUGGAGUUGGAGGACUUGGGCGAAUCGCACUCGGUGGGGCAGUACCAAGCAUGGCUCGCAGCGCAGCCGCGCACAGCUGUGCAAGAGGUGACAAGAAAAGGAUUGGAAGGGCUUUCUCAGCUGGAGGAGAGACGCAAGGCUAAUAGAGCCAUUCGCGACGCGGCCUUACAGGAUGCCAAGCGAGGGCAUCGUCAACGCAAGGUUCCCCGGCCUAAGCGACAAGCCGGCGCUUGGGAGCCUAUGCCUGAGCCUGGGACAACCGACGACGACGAGCCCGCGAUGCACAAGCCUCCGCGCAAAAGAAAAAAGAGAAUGAUUAUCAAGAAGCCUCGACAUGUUGCAGACGGCUCCAAGCUAGUCGGACCUGGACGCGAGCGUACUACAAAACCUGCGUCAGCAUCAGCGGCUCACUCGGUCUCUACUUCGCGCAGCGUAUCUCCAGCUACGGGGUCGCGCUCCUUCGUUGCCUUUCCCUCUCCAGCCGCAUUCGACUACGGCGAAGACAUCGAGAUGCCGGAUCGGAUCACUUCGCCAAGCGCCCGACCUCGUACCGGUGCAGCUUUGGGGCCGAUCACCUUUGAUGUUCAAAGCACGAGCAGCGUGAUGGACGUCGACAGCGACGACUACGGUUCCGCCCGGUCGGUCCGACCCUCUCAUACUCGCCCUGUCGUAUUUGUGCAGUCGGAACCUGCGAUCUUUCGAUCGGCAAGCACAACGCCGCAUCCAACGGACCGCGACGAGGCUCCCACGUUAUCCGGAGGGGACCUUCCGCUCCUGCCACCACGUAUGGCAAAGCGCCAAGCGCGCGAUGAUCCUUUAGCAUUCUCGAGCGCCACAGCAUCGUCGGCGCAGGAUAAGCCGGAUUAUAUUAGAAGGAGCAGCAGAUUGCGGAAGACAGCCGCAUAA